UCUCAAUGUUUAGACAUUAAUCUAAACUCAUAACCUUGAUCGGUUUUGCUGACAAUGAAUUAAUUUAGUUCAUCAUUAAUUGUAAAAUUUUUCAUUCUUUUUCCUUUCUAAAUUAUAUGUUUGUUAUUAAUCUGUUCCCUUUAUCUUUAGGAAGUGAAAAUAAUGUUAAAAACAACGGAAAGUUUGGUUAAAUGGUUGGAAACAUUUGAUGGUAUAAUUGAUCAUAGUGUUUCCAUUGAUCAAUUAUGUGAUGGUUAUUUAAUUGCCCAUGUACUUUCAUCGAUUGCUCCAGAUCAUUUUAAUGGUGACUGGUUAUCCAAGAUCAGAGGUGAUAUCUCACCGGACAAUUGGAGGUUAAGAAUAAGUAAUUUGAAAAAGGUUUUAGAUAAAAUUGUUGACUGGUAUACUGAUAUUCUUAAUCAAGCCAUCUCUACGUGGAUAAGUUUACCUGAUAUUAAUGUGAUUGGUAAAGAGUGCAAUAGUGAACAAUUAGGUCGACUUUUACAAUUAGUGGUUGGUAUUGCUGUUCAAUGUGACAAAAAACAGGAAUACAUUGGUGUUAUCAUGGGCUUGGCGGAAGAGGUUCAAUUGGUUGUGAUGCAAGCCAUUCAAGAGAUAAUGACAGUUGGUAGGGAUCGUGAAGCGUCAAUGUCAAUGACUUUCCCCGAUUCACUGAACACAGAUCAGAUUCAAAUAUUAAAAGAUCAACUUCGUAAAGUUAUCGAUGAACUAUCAAUAGCCAAUGAGGCCAGAGAACAUUCUGACCAGCGAACCUUUGAGAUGGAGAAAAAGUUCAACAUGUUGAAAGAGGAAAAAGAGGCGUUGAUCCAAGAGAAUGAAAAAUUGGUACAAAAGUUAAGGUCCGAUGAAAUAAAUCGUCGAGGAGACCAUCGUGGGAAAGUUGGUGAUCCAUCGGAUGCCAGUCUCAAAGAUAGACAUUAUAAUAAGCUACAGUUGCGAAUUGAAGCUUUACAAGAAGAUUUGUACAAAAUGGAGACUCAUAAGGAAGAGUAUCGAGCCAAGAAUGAGAUUCUUGAGAACGAUUUAAUGGAGUUACGCUUGAAGAAUGAAGAUCUCCAACGGAAAGCUAAAGAAUCUCGCUCUCUCAAGGAUGAGCUUGAUGUACUUCGCCAUGUCUCCGAGAAGGUGGAAAAAUAUGAACAAAUGAUCGAAGUGUACAAAAAUCGUCUUGAAGAGAUGUCCGAUCUUAAGAGACAAGUUAAAACUCUUGAAGAUCGACAUAGUCAAUUGGUUAAGACAAAUAUUAAACUGGAAGAGGAAUUGAAACGAUCAUCAACCCUGAAGACUCAAAUGGAAAUGUACAAGAAACAGGUUCAAGAUUUACACACCGAAGUGGCCGAGCAAAAUUUGCGUGCAGAUAAACUUGACUUUGAUUUUAAAAGGUUACAAGAUAAAUGUACUAACAUUAGACAGGAGAAAGAGAAAUUGAUCCAAGAAAAUGAUCGGCUUAAAUCGGAAUUAACUCAGUCUCGAAUAAGAUCAGAAAAUGAAUCGCUUCUAAAUGAAGAUAUAAUCGCCAAAGAUGCCAAGUGCCUUAUAAAUGAAAUCAACCGUCAAAGAUUGGAUAGUGGUGAAGAUAUUCGUGAGAAGGUGAUUAAAUUAGAGCACGAGAAUCAAGCCUUACAAGAGAAAUUAAAAGAUUCAGAUAAUGAAAAAGUGAUACUUUUACAAGCCAAUUUGGAUGAUGCCAAAGAAAGGAUAACCGAAUUGGAAUCAGAAAAUCGUAAUCUUAAUCGAUCAAUAUUAGAAUUAAAAUCGCAAAUCCAAGAUCUUUCAGCUAGCGGAACAAUUUUCUCACCUCCAAUUAACACCAAUUCUCCAACUAUUGCCACUCACACCGCAACCACCACCACAGUACCAAUAAAACCAACGAGUAGCAAUUCUCCAGGUCAAGAAGUAAUUGAAGAGAUGCCGCAAGAUUUGGAAACUGCAUUACGACUAAUUAGUGAGCUACAAUUAUCAGUGAGAAAAAAGGACCACGAAAUGUCCGAAAUGGAAACAAAGUAUAAAAAAUACGUAACAAAAGCUCGUCAAGCGGUUCAAAGCCUCGAACCUUUAAGCUUACAAUCACCAAUCUCACGAAUAUCAUCUUCCUCUUCUUCCUCCUCUGUUGGUACCAAUUCUAAUGGCGGAGGUGGUCCAAUGUCAGCACCAGUUCCUAACCUUUACUAUGGUGAAAGUAACAAUUCUCUUUAUUUAAGCGAUGAUAUAAACGAGCUGAAAAAUAAUCUACGACUUAAAGAGAGGCAAAUAUUUGAUCUUGAAAAAGAGCUAAUCAACUGUAAGGCUCUUAAAAACAUGGAAGAAAAAUUGAUGACAGUCGCUUUUCACAAUUUGGCAGCUAAUGUACAGCGACGGGCAGUUAGCCAACGAAUCAGUAAUUCCAGGUCACCAUCAAGUUCAUCACUUUCAGCUGAAUGUAACUCGUUCCUGAAUAAACAACGUAAAGCACAAACCAGAAGGUUAAAUCUCGCUGGUGUAACUCCUAGUGAAUUAUAUGAAUAAUACUUUGUCACAACAAUUAACUAGCAAUUUACAUUUUUGAUAUGAUUUCUUGAAUGUUAAUUUAUAUAUAAAUCAAUGAUCAGAUGAAUUAUUUUAAAUGAUGACGAUGAUAAUUACCAAGUAACUUUCAAAAAUUGGAUAUUCCUAAUUGCCUCUCUCUCUCUCGCUUGAUCUGGAUGCAUGGAUGGAUUAAAUCAAUUGAUCAGAAUCACAAUUAAGGCAUCUCCUCAUUUUCUACUCUCUCUCUCUCCUUAAUUGCUCUCUCAUGCAAAUUUAACUCCAGGAUAACGAUGAUUAUGAUUCCAAUUUUCAACUAAUGAUGAUUAACUGUUCGCAUGUGAUUCCCUUACCUCUCACCACCUUUUGGCCUUGUUGAGACAAUUUAUUUUCUAUUACAAUUAUCAUCAUCAUCAUUAUUAUUACUAUUAUAAUUAUUACAAUUAAUUAGUUACCCCCACUAAUUAUAAAACAACACACACACACCUAACGUAUAUACAAUCAUAUGUAAAUUAAGUUUGUCGAUCUGGUAAUUUUGAUUUUCCAACCACAACAUUCACAGAUUAAUUUACGAGAAAGUUAAUCAUGAUUAACUUUCAUUAUUUCUCAUCAAGAUGGAUAAUAUUUGUGUACAGCCCAAUGUUAAAUUAACUGGUUUAACUCAACAAUUAAAUGAAUUAUCAGACUAAUCGUCAAUUAUUGAACUCGAA